AUGCCUACAGCUCAGUAUCCAGAACCUGCUAAUGCCGUUGGGCUCUCUUAUGAACCCGGCUCAGAUGAAAGAAAACACUUAAGAGCCGCUCUGGAGGAAAUGGAAAGCAGAACUGCCGAAGUCCCCAGCGUGAUUAAUGGGGAGCGUAUCUAUAGUGGUCAAAAAAGCAAGCAGCCCAACCCCUGGAACCACCAUGGCCCUUCACUGGCGGAAUAUCACGAAGUCGAUGCCGAUGCAGUCAAGAUGAAAGCCGUUCCAGGCGCACUGGCGGCAAGGAAUCAGUGGGCAAAUAUGCCAUUUCACCACCGGGCAGCCAUCUAUAAAAAGGCAGCCAAACUUGUCGAGUCCCCUAAAUAUAGAUGGAAACUCAUGGCGGCGACCAUGAUCGGACAAGGCAAGACGUGUGAACAGGCCGACGGCGACUGUAUCACCGAAGUCAUCGACACCUUGAAUUUCCACGUUCAUUUCUGUGCUCAGCUUUAUCGGCAACAGCCCCCCAAACAGUUUGACUCUUCUUCCAGUAAGCUCGAUUACCGGGCACUGGAGGGUUUUGUUCUGGCUGUUUCACCCUUCAACUUCACCGCACUUGGGGCUCACAUUGCGUUCACUCCGGCUCUGGUUGGCAAUGUCAUCAUUUGGAAACCGUCGCCUAUGGCUGUUCUCUCAAACUACAUUCUCUACGAAAUAAUGGAGGAAGCAGGGAUGCCCAAGGGGGUCAUCCAAUUCUUACCCGUCGCGGAUCCAGCCACCGUGGUCAAUCCAGCCCUCUCCAGCCCCCAUUUCGCCGGGCUGCAUUAUACUGGAUCUUCGACCGUGCUGAGAUCUCUAUUCACACAGAUCGGCAUGAAUACUUCAAUGUACAAGAAUUUCCCUCGAAUUGUUGGAGAGAGCGGAGGGAAAAAUUUCCAUCUCAUCCACAACUCCUGCACAGAGGACACUGAUUGGGUCGCAUCCGCAGCGAUACGGUCAGCCUAUGAAUUCCAGGGUCAGAAGUGCAGUGCCCUGUCCCGGCUCUACGUUCCCAAGUCUAUGUGGCAGCAAGGCGACUUGAAACACGCUCUUUUACGAGAAGCCGCGAAGAUGACGCAUGGCAGCGAUGUAGAAGAGCUGCAUCAUCCACUCGGUCCAAUGAUAUCUGGGGCAUCAUUUAGCCGGUUUGAGGAAUUCGUGCAGCGCGCCAAAGAAGAAGGCCAUGUAUUGCUUUACGGCGGAGAAGUGAACGGAAGCAAGGGCUUUUUCGUGCAACCUGCGAUUUUCGAAGUAGAUGAGACCAAGCUUACAAAAGAUUCGGACAUAAUGACCAAGGAACUCUUUGGUCCGCUUUUCGUGGUUCAUCCUUAUGACGAUAUGGCUCCCGCCGGCUUCAAAGAUGUCUGCAGGUUAAUCGACAGGACCUCUGAAUAUGCUCUGGCUGGUUCGCUAUUUGCCCGCGAUAGGGAAGCCAUCUGGACUGCGGACCAGAUUCUCCGAGACUCAGUUGGUAUGUUUUGCAUUAAUGAUAAGAGCACUGGCGCUGUUAUUGGCGCUCAUCCGUUCGGAGGAGCCCGGUCCAGUGGUACCAAUGACAAAGCCAAUUCGAUGAAUGUCCUGCUCAGGUUCACAAGCAUUCGCGUUAGCGUCAAGCGUCUUAUCGCCACGGUUGGAACCGCACCCUCCAAGUCCCGAGUAGAAGAAGCUCUGUCCCAGCACGCCUCCAAGGUGACUGUUCUUACAUGCGAAGAGAAUAGUCGCGCUGUCGAAGAAGCCGACAUUGUAAUACUCGCAGUGAAGCCUUUCAAAAGAACCGAUGUAUUUUCUACGCCGGGCUUCAAAGAAGCCAUUGCCGGCAAACUUGUAUUGAGCAUCAUGGCGGGGAUCACACUUGCAGAGCUAUCUCGUUUGACAUAUGGUGAAGCAGCAUCACAAAGGACACACUCAUUUCAAGUUGUUCGGGCGAUGCCGAACAUGGCAGCCAGGAUCCGGCAAGCUGUGACGUUGUACACUUCUUGCACCACCGUCACACCAGACAAUCUUGAGAUUGCUGCGUGGACAUUCGACCAAAUAGGGGAGGUACAUCGGAUUCCUGAAUCAUCUUUCGACAUCUGUGCGGUGCUGGUCGGCUGUGCCGGGUCUCUCUUGUUGCUCGCCAUCGAUGGACUGCUGGACGCAGCAGUUGCCGAGGGUGUCCGGAGACCAGAGGUGCAGAACCUCGUGGUUAACAGUGCCAUUGGAAUGAUGAAGUUGGUUCCUGCCGGGGACCAUCCGGGAGUCCUUAGGGAGAAAAUUGCGUCCCCUGGUGGAUGCUCCAUCCGGGCUCUGUUGGAGUUGGAGAAGCUGGGUGUUCGGUCGGCGUUCACUAGUGCUAUCUUGGCGGCUGCGGAGAAGUCCAAGCGUAUGUCGUCUUCUCGAUGA